CGUGCAGCUCAGCUGGGCCGCGCGCCUGCGGCUGCUCGACACGUCUCAUCGCAUGCAGGAUGGCCACUGCGUACAGUAUAUGUUAGGAGCACACCAAGGUUCAAGAAGCACAUCACCAAGCUUGCAAGGAAGGGCCUCCCAUCAUCUGACCUUGGAUCCAUGGACAUGGACUGCCCGCAGAAGAAGCUUGGAUCCGUGGACGGCGGCAAGACGCCUCCUCUGCUGCUUGCGGCCCAGCUGGCCAAGAAGGCGAUAGCCGCUUCUCCGUUCCCGGACGCACACCGGAUGGCCAGCGCUUGGGCGUUCGUCACCGCCUGGUUCUUCCCCGUCUCCAUCGUCUUGGGCUCCGCCAUCGACCUUCUACUCUGCAGCCAGCUGCUGUGGUGCCUACUGGAGCGCGAGGGGGGCACGCCCAUAGACAGUGCCCUCUGGAUCGCGCUGUGGUGCUGCCCCGCACUCCAGGCGGUCGUGGCGGCGCUGGCUCUGCUGCUCCCGUCCCGCCACCGCCGGAUCCGCCGUCUCGGUCGCCAUCGUCGGCCAUUCUUUGAUGGCCAGCCUCAUCCCCCUCUCUGUCGCUGCCCAUCCAGGGACAGGGCUAGGAUACCUCCUGCUCAUCGUCUUGUUCGUCUGCGCCGCGGCGGCGCUGGCGCAGCUGCUCCCGUGCCUCCCCCUCCGGAUCCGCCGUGCCCUCGCCUACCUCGCGGUCGCCAUCGUCGGCCUCUGUGUUUUGGCCAGCUUGGUCCUCCCCGCCGACACAAGACUCCUCAUCUUCUUGAUCGGCUACUCGGCGAUAAUCUUCACCCUGGGGGUGGGCGACCUCCUCAGCUUCCUGGCCCUCCUCCUGGAAGGUGAGGAGGAGUAGCUGCUGAUCGGCCAGCCGUGAGCUCCAUGUCCAUGGAUCAGCUCAUGAGGUACCCACGCACGUGACCGCUGAUGAGUAGUUGUACGUGGUAGUAACUUGAUCAUAGAUCUCCUACCACUUAAUCUGCCUAGUAUUGGACCUUAAUUUGAUGUGGAGUUAAUUAGCCUGUUAUUUGUGUAAUGUGGAGCUUGCCUGGAUUAGUAUUGAUGAACAAGCUAUACAAUUAUAUGGAGUAUUAAUUGGACCUUUUCUCUGUAUGCAUGCCUAGCUUGGGUAUAUAUAAUUGAUGUUGGUGAAAAUCAUUACCGCAGUUUA